UGUAUGACAACAAAUAACAGCGCGCCAGAUUUCAAAACAGUUGUAUUUGCAAGGAAAAAAUGAGCAAAAGUACCAAAUACGGCGUUAAAAUCUAAUUUAAGUGAUAGACAGAUGGAAACAAUGGAUCAAGGAGUUCUGGUUCACCUGAUGUCUCUGGAGAGGGCAGGUGUGGGACAGCAGGACCAGCAUCAGUCUGAGAGGAUACAGAUGCUGAAAGUCAGAGCUGCGAGCCUCCGUGCAAAAAGAGAUCAACUCAAACAUCAGGCCAGCGUCAUCAAGAUCCUGAAAGAUAAAAUCGGCAAAAAUCUCCCUUUUGGAGAUGAAGAAGAGGAUGGCGAUGAUGAAACUGGAGGCUUCGCAGCUCUACAGCAGUCUUUGUUAACAGCUUGGAAAAUGCAGUUGAAAGAUCUUCAGCACGCACAUCAUUUAAUAGGUGGAUUUGAUUUGGUGGAGUGUAAGGAAGGGAAGAGUGUGUGUGUGUCGUUUCACACAGCCUACGAAGGUGUGUAUCUGGACACGUAUAACAUGGAGCUGGACCUGAUGCGCACCGUCCAGAUCUCUCGCCAUAACAUCCCCCCGUCAUUCCCUCUGGAGGUUUUAGCCAAGCAGAGCCUGGAGAAAGACCUUAAAGCUUUCCUGCAAACCGUCAGCCAGAACCUCAACGCUUUGGCUGCUCGCAGACAGCAGGUCACACUCGUCAAGGAUCUUGUUGGUUCGGUGGAGGUGAUGGAGAGCAAUGAGCUGUGCAAUAUUCUUGUGCUCAUGUGUUCAGCACAAAGCGAGCCCCCCAGAGCUGUUUUAUGCACGCUGGAGUAUAAAGAUCUUACACAGAGUCUCCCAACACACGUUAGCAUUGAGAGUGAAGAUAAAACACUUUCUGGAUCUCCACAGUGGAAGAAAAACCAGUCUCUGCUCCUGGAGUCUCCUGCUCACACGGCUCUCCUGACCAUGAAGAGGAUGGGAAGCAUCGCUUGAGAAACAGGAGGAAAUUAAUACCUUUAUUGUACAUAUAAAGCAUAUAAAAGUCCUGGAAACUCUUGCAGUGGCCUUAUACAGUUAAGAGCUUUUAUAUUCAGAGGAAGAUAUACUAAAAUAAAGAGUACUGGAGAAACAAA